UCCAGAUUAAAUUAUUUAAGAUCAGCAAUGGGAAAGUACUGAGACAGCGGACGGGGACAGAGAGGGACGUGCUUUCACUGUCCGCGAACACACCGUUUAUUGGAUUUUAUUUAUUUAGACGGAUAGACUACCAAUUUUGGAUAUCGACUUCGCCAGCUGAACAGCGAUGAAAGGCUUGCGGUUCGUUUUUCUCCUGGUUUGUGCCGUCUUCGUUGGUCGAGCUGAUGGACUCAAAACAUACGGUGACAUGUUUCCCCACAAGCACGUAGGGAAGUCCCCGUUUCCAAUUCCACCAAUCCCUGGCUGGGAUCCAGACACCAACCCAUGGGACGACUACCUCUACCCUCCACUAAACCCCAAGCCAAAACAACUCAUGCACCACAAAGGUAAACCAAAGGUUCAUCUGACCAGCGACAGUCCGGCUCUCAAUGGCUCCUGCAUCUCCUUCACCGCGAAGUUGGAGUACCCUCCGUGCCAGAGGGAGGAUGCCAACGGGGACGUUGUUUGGGAUGAGCACUGCCAGGACGGUACGGAGCUCGAGGCGUCAGCCAAUGGACAAGUGCGGAGCGGCUACGUGUACAACUGGACCUCCUGGUUGGACGACUAUGGCUUUGGAAAGUGUACAGACUUGAAAAAAUGCAACGUGUUCCCCGAUGGGAAGCCCUUUCCUCAGCGCAACGACUGGAGCCGAAAGAGCUACGUUUACGUGUGGCACGCGAUGGGCCAGUACUUUGAGACGUGCGGCGGUUCCUCCUCCAGUUUGACCGUCAACACCACCAACAUCCCACUGGGCGCAGAGGUCAUGGAGGUCAUGGUCUACAGGAAACGUGAGCGCAGAAAGUACAGCCCCCUCAGCACCGACAACAGCGUCUUCUAUGUCACAGAUAAGAUCCCAGUUGCAGUUGAAAUUUCCCAGAAGGCCGCAGCCAACCAGUCCGAGAACAUUUUCGUUCGCGGCGAGGACGUGCUCUUCAAAGUCCAGCUCCACGACCCCAGCGGGUACCUCAGAACGGCGGCCGCCAUCGACUACAUCUGGGACUUCAGAGACGGCAACCAGCUGGUGACCCACCGCGACGUGACCACACACGCCUACAGCGCGCUGGGGAGUAUGAGUGUGAAGCUGGUGGUAGAGGCGGCGUUCCCUGCAGAGUGUCCACCCACCUCCGCCACCCCGACACACGGGAGCUCCAAGUCCUCACCGGCCACAGAUGCUCCCACCCCUCCACGUCCUGGUACUCAUGCUGGGACUGUCAAGAUGGAGACAACCCCAGUGCCACUCAGCACCAGGCAGGCCCUUCCCUCCUCCUCUCCUGCUGCCAUGACAACCAAACUGCCAACCACAGAGAGCCUCUUCCCGACCGUUGACAACACGACCCCAGAGUGGAACCCCACCACCCCGGCCUGGCUCCGCACAGGGAACCUCAACAGCAACGAGUGCUACCGCUACGCCUACGGCACCUUCAGUGCAAACAUCACCAUUGUUGAGCCCAAGCAGGCAUUGAGCAGCAAGUCAAAGAGCCGCAUUGUGAGUGUGCUGGCUGCCCGAAUGACCGACACGGACGUCGGCUUCCUGGUGAAAUGUCUGGGAAACAUCCCCACUUCAGCCUGCACCAUCGUGUCGGACCCCGCCUGCACUCAGGUGCACAGUAUCAUGUGCGAUGACGUGGCGCCAUCAUCGCAGUGUGAAGUGCAUCUCAGACGGACGUUUCCGGCGCCCGGCACCUACUGUGUCAACAUCACCCUGGAGGACGCCGGGAGCCUGACGCUGACCAGCACCACCGUCACCAUCAACAAGUCCCAGGACGCGCCCGCGUCCAGGACUUCACACACUGCAGUGCUGCUGUCUUCGACCGCCGUGCUGGUGGCCGUUUUGGCAUUUGCGGCCUAUCUGGUCUGCAAGCGUCAAAAGGUGUACCGUCCCAGCCAGUGGUCACUGUUCGAGGACGCCAGCGGCCAUUCUGGGGUCGGAGGACGUGUGAGCCGCUUCAAGGAGGCACUCUUCCCCUCCAGCGAGGAGAGCCAUCACCUUCUGACCGAGAGACGUCCUGUGUGAGCUCCGUAAAGCUGCACCAACGCUCUGAUCUUUUCCUGCGUGGCAGUGGACGAGGUGGCUGCUAGAUGAAGUCUGCUCGAGCCACGGUUGUUUUCAGAUCAAAAGAAUUGUUUUAUUGCAAAUAAAAUUGCAAAUAAGUGCUGCUUCACAGUAGAUAAUCGUGAUACUAAUCAAGAGUUUAGAAUGACAUCCGUGAGUUAGUUCCAGGAUGAAAAGGUAGUGGCAUUGCAUGCCCUUCCUAAGUGGAAUUAAUUGAACGGGAAAUUUUAAAAGAUGAAAAAACUAAUUCAAUAAAUUUAGUGAGAACCUGACGACUUUAAUAAAGGUUGUAAACUAACCGCUAAUUGAAGACAGUGAUUUCUCUCCAUAUCUAGUCGUUCUUUUACCAACAUUACUUCACUACAAAUUAUGCACAUAUCAUUUUUAACCAUUCAAUUAUUUUAGGUUGAGAAUAAAGUAUAAAAUAAGACAAAUUUAA